AUGACAGACAAGGAGACGACAGAUAUGACGGCAAACUACCUCGACGACCCGGAAAAAGUCAAGGCUCUCAAAGAUCUCAAAACACUAUCAAAUAGCAACGCUCGGAUCAUCUACGGAAGUGACCGCACUCGUUUCUACGACAUUGUAAUUGUUCUCAAUGAGGUUACCCGGCUCUACACCACUCAUCUCGUCGUCGCUAUUGACGGCACGACGAAAUCUCUCCGCAAAGAAGAGGCUGUCUGCCCCCUUAAGGCCACUCGUGCCAUUGUCGAUAAGCUACAAAAGGACACUAGUCUCGUCUUCGGUGAGGGCACCUAA